GCGGGUUGUGCCAGAGACAAGGGUUGCGCCGAACAGGUACCCGCUCACACCAAUGACACCACACACCAGUCCUUUAACAUCUUCUCCCAGCUGUCAGCCGUUUUUCCUCCUGUUAUCGCCUUGGUAGCUUCUGAUACCAUUUUCUUAACACAUACACUCAUCCACCAGCUGCCAAAGGCUACAAAGGUACAAAGGCGCUCACCGCCCAAUGCACAUCACCCUAACCACUUCCAGCUUAGCACGCCUUGUGUCUUUCUUUCCCCGGUCCGCGGCCCAUCGCGACCAAACCCCACUCACACCCAAGUGGAAUCCAUUGAUAAAGCAACAACAACAACAAACCGAACGACAAGUCGUCAUACCACCUAUCAACCACCGAUUGACCGAGACACACACCGAACGGACGAAACACGCGAGGCCAUUUCGAGAAAGAGGGGUUCGCAGAGGGGGACUGUCUUUUAUACCUCUACAGUUCGAUUCAAAGACAACGGCGACCCAACAUCCGUUCGUCAUCAUGUGCAAGCGAGCGAGUCGUGUGCCAAUAGUGCCAAUAGUGUAAUGUUAUCUCCGAUCCAAUGUCCACCAAUACUGUAC